GAUUUUAUUUACAAAGACAAACAAGGGAAAAUGGUAACCGGAAUAACACACACACACGUGCACAGUUUAUAGUGAGUGUGGGAAAAUCACAACAGGGGUAAAACACACACACACACACAACGAGCUGGGUACAGACAAUCAAGGAAAAGCCAUUACAAUCCCCGCCACCCCUUGGCUCAGUGCAGGCACGGCUCUAUGCAACUAGGGACAUUAACUAAGAUGCCCCCAACCCUUAAAGGUGCACACCUCACCAAUGAUUUCUCCAGUGCUCGCCCUGGAGCAAAGCAGGGUGAAUCCCUCGGAGCAGACAGAGAGAGAGAGCCGAGCACAUGUGGCACUCCUUAUGCUGCUGGAGGACUUGGUGGGUACAGCCCAGGUAAUUUACAAAGGCCAAUGGUCAGGUGUGAACUGAUGGGUGGGGUGGGGCCAAACCGUAUUUGGCAGUGGUGUGUCUCCUGACCAGGUAGGGGCAGUGCUGUCAUGUGACAGCCAUGACCCUUCACCAUACAAUCCACCCCUCGGAAGUCACACCACCCGACAAUCAUUACAUGGAAAUACAGUGAAAAGAAAACCCAUAUAUCGUAAUAGAAGUCUUACCCUUAACAGACCGAUAAAUCAUGGUGACAACUAUUUCUAAACUUAAACUUUAGGUUAAUAUACAGCACUAAUGAAAGGCAGACGUGUUCUUGAUAAUCUGGCAAGCACAACAUAAUAUACAGACAGCAAUAACAACGAGAAUGAGAGCAGUCACCCAGCGGACGACAGUUGCCCACCAUCCCCCCAGAGACCCAAAAGGCCACCAGUUUCCCCAUGAGAUGUCAUGCUGGAGGAGCUGGUCCCUCGCUUUUUGAAUUUUAGCCACCGAGUCCCGAAUGUGAGCAGCCAAGUGGGUGACGUUCCUUGACUCAUCAGGGAUAAAUGUGCAGCACUCCUGACCAAUCACUGCAUAGGUACCACCAUCAGCAGUGAGUAGGUAAUCCAGGGCUAUUUGAUUCUGCAGGCCGACCAUCCUGACGGCCGUCAGCUCUGCCACCGUUUGAGUCAGGGCAUCUUCAGUAUGUUGCAGGUCUGCCACCCAGUGGGUGAAGGUUCCUGUGGGCGGAGAUGGGCUACUUCCUGUCUCAGCAGGUCCCGGAGCUCAGCCUUGAGGGCAGGAGAGACUUGUUUCGAGUGGGGGAGGGACAGAGGCAGUGUCGUCGGGGGCAGCCUGCGUAGCCUGGAGGAUGAGGGCGCACCCUGUGUCGGGCUUGAUUCCAGGGUGAUUGUGGGUUUUCCCCCGGCCAGAUGCUGCCCUCGCCGCAACGCUCUUCCCAGAACGCAUAAAUAGCGGAGGUCAGGAUCCCACCCCUGCGCGCAGCAGGGCCAAGUAUUGCCGUUUGCGCGUAAAACACAGCGCCCAGGGGAAAGUGCUGGGACGCUCCGUCUCUGAACUGCAGCAGAGUCUGUCUGUCAGAGUUUUACAACAAUUCCGGCCCGGCCCGAAUGAUCGCAGCUACACCCAAUCCCUUGCACAGUUUCACUCUCUCCGUCCCGCCCAUUUACAGCAUCCAUUUUGCGGAAGUUAGUUAUCUUCCUCUUUCCCCGGGCGGUGGUCGCCGUUGCUCCUCGCUCCACACUGGGGAAGCCGUCUCACGUUGUUGCUGUGCCCAGGUGACAAACUGCCCCGCGGGGAGCGGGCACCUUCUGCUCGAGGAGGGUCUCGGCCCCUCUGAAGCGGCUGCUCCCGGGACUGAUCAGCCCUGCCUCUCCGUUCAGACGAACGGAGUCACUGAACCUGCACCGGGUCCAACCUGCUGCAAGUUCACCAGCACAUUUCCUGUUGUCACUGCCGGGAAACUGUGGGAAGUUGGUGCACCAUUGCUGGACUCCAUGACAGGUGUAAGGUUGGAACGCAGUGGGAACGGCAUUGGCGAGGCCCUCAGGGAGCUCAGUGCUUCGGUAUCCUGUUUGACGACAAGUGACUGUGAAGAUGUUCCAAGCAUUCCCGAGCAAGGCUUGUUCCUGAUCCCGAUCCACAUGACAGGUGGAAGAUUCUAAUGGCAGACAGAGGCUCAAUGUUCCUUUGCCCAGCAAGUUGGCCUUGGUCACUCUGCACAAGGUUUUGAGUCUCCUGCUGAGAUGGGAGUGGUUCACUGCACUGUGCUGUUACUGUAUGGGAUUCUCAUCUCAGUCCAGGGUGAAUUUCUUGUAGUUGUACUUGACAAGUCUUCUGUAGCUGUUGCGGGUGAAGAUGUUGUAUUGGAAUGUCAGCUUGUCCCAGAUAUAUUGACCAGCAGCAUGGUGGUGCAGUGGCUGAAAUCAGGUCUCGACUCCCCAGUCCACGUGUACAGACAUGGACAAGAUGACCCCCUCACUCAACACCAAGAUUACAGAGCGAGGACGGAACUGUUUAAAGACGAACUGAUCAAAGGAAACAUUUCCCUCAGAAUAAAGAAUGUUAGAAGGUUUGAUGAAGGAGAAUAUACAUGUUCAGUUAAAGACAGAACUGAAUCUAAACAAUCUACAGUUCAACUGAGAGUUGAAGUUUUGGGGAGUGAACCCCGGAUUCAGAUGAAGGGAUAUCAUGGAGAUGGAAUCCAGCUUGUGUGUAAAUCCAGUGGAUGGUACCCUGAGCCAGAGAUCCUGUGGUUCGGUGAGGAUGGACGUGUUUUGGAACAAGCAGAAACAAGAUCCCACAAAGACUCAGAAGAUCUUAUAAAUGUCGAGAGCAGCGUUGGAGUAACGAGGCAGUCAACAAACAGGUUCAAGUGUCUUGUCCGGAACAUACAGCUGAAAAUACAACACGAGGCAAUUAUUAAGAUUUCAGAUGAGCUCUUCCCUGCUGUUCCUGACUGGGUCCUGCCACUGGUCCUGACCAUUUGUCUUCUCAUUGCCGUAAACUCUGCUGUGAUUUAUUGGAAUGUGAAACAAAACAGACGCAUCAAAGAGCUGGAACUUCGGAAAUCCAUCGUAGAACUUGAACAAUGGAAACCCCUUGUGCUGUCAGAGUGGAAGAGAAUAUGUGGUCAUGAAGUCUCCGUGACCCUGGAUGUGGAAACGGCGAGUCCGGAGCUCGAGGUGUCUGAGGAUCGGAAGCGGGUGAGACGGACCGGGACCUGGAGGUAUCUCCCCGACACCGGGAAGAGGUUCACAGCCCGGCCCUGUGCGCUGGGAUCGGAGGGAUUCACAUCGGGGAGACAUUACUGGGAGGUGGAGGUGGCGGGGAAUCGGGACUGGGGUCUGGGGGUCGCCGCAGAGUCUGUGGAGAGGAAGCGAUGGGUCGAACUGAGACCGGAGAACGGAUUCUGGACCAUCGAGCGGCGGCGGUGGGAGGCUGACGAGUUUUAUGCGAACACCUCCCCUCCAUCCCCUCUCCCCGCCGAUCCCAUCCCCGGGAGGGUGGGAGUUUGUCUCAGUUACGAGUACGGGACAGUUUCAUUUUACAGCGCGGACACCAAGUCCCAUCUCCACACCUUCACUGGGAAUAAAUUCACCGAGAAACUUUAUCCUUUCUUCUGGAUUUGGGAUGAAAACUGGCUGAGAAUCUGCUCCGGUUCCGCUCCGGAUCCGUGAACGGUCGGGUCCCGGGACCGGCGUCAGGAGCGGGGUCAGGGUCUGUGGGGCAGAGACCCCGUGGACGACAGGUUGGCGCUGAUCGGGUCUCAUUUAAUCGCCAGAUUCCGCUUUGUAAAACCCCAAUGAGCCCGGAAAUAAAACCGGUGUAAAUAUAAAUGUGGGAAGUGUGAAAUAAAAGGUGAAUGGAGUCUC